AGUUACCCGACGUGGAGGAUCGAUUGCAUUCAAGGAAGGACACCCCUAUGAGUUGGAAAUUAAGUUUAACUACAGUUCUGCAAACUCGUCGCGCAGUAGGCUAAAAUUUUGUUUGGGAGCGGGUUGUUUAACUUGUUUUUAAGGACUUUUUUGUAAAGCAAUGGUGGGCAGACUAAACUUGCUGAAUGUAUGUGACGACGACCCAUUGGACAUGAGCUGCAAAGCCGAGCGGGGACUUGACAGCCCGGACUCCGGACUACCCCCCAGCCCCAGUCCGAGCCAUUGGCUGCUGCCUGACUGCAGGGAUAAAGGUGCCAUAAGCCCGGUGUCUGAAGACGAGAGCAGAGGGUCAUCCUUGGUUCCCAUUUUAUCGAUUGGAUCUGUUCCUCGGCUGCACACCUUGUCCUACGGGGAGGGCAUAGUACUUGAUCCACUACUGACCAAGGAAAUACGAUACACAUCGUCUGUCCACUAUGACUCAGAGCGUCACUUUAUCCAUGACAUGGCCAUGCAGCCCAGAGGCCUGGGUCUGGAGAACUGCAGCCAGAUGGUCCUGGCUGUCCCUCACAGCACCUGGAGACACUACAAGACCCAGCUGGACUUCCAGCCUCGCCAACGGGCCCAGCGCUUCCAGAGCACCACCAUCGUCUACCCCAAGCACGCUCGCACCAUCUACACAACCGAGCUGAGCUACGACAGUCGCCGGCUUGCCAGGAGAUUCAUGUCGCGGGUGGAGCUGGAGGCUGCUGACCGGAGUAGGCUACCCCAGUAGGUUAGGGGAAGGCUGGGCACGGCCUGGGGGAGAAUUCCCUGGGCCCUGUGGGGCCCAACCAUCCACCAGGCUGACACCACCCAUGGACCCAGUUUACAGACAGUCAUCUAUUGGUUUAGAUUGGAAAGCAUUGUAGCCCACGUUUUGAGUACCAGUCUCAAGAAGAGGGAGGAAUCUGAUCUGGAGUAUCAAACAAAUAGCAGGGACAUCUGUGUGAGGCUGCCAUCUACCAAAGGGUUUAUCCAUUAGUGACUAGUAAAGAUAUUUCUCUGGUA